UGAGUAGUGUACUGUUAACAGUUCUCGUGUGUAGUGAAGUGUCUUGCUUUGGGUUUUACCAGCAUGUAUUGAUUUUAUCUGUUGUGAACACUGUACCUGGUGUCCAGAAGGUACUGACCAUAGUGUGACCACAGGGCCUUGUCCUGAGUGUGACAGUUGGUUACAUUGAGAGUGUGGCCUGGUGUGCUGUGAUAAGUAAUCAGAGACAAACUAUCCUUAGCAACUCUCCAGCCUACAGCUUUUGGUAAACCAGUGAGCCAUAAGGUUUUGGUAAAACAAGCAGCAAAUAGAUCUUGGUGUAACAGCCAGUUUAGCGCUAGUGGUACAUCAAACAUCAUCCGGUUAUUGUCGUCUAACAAAAGAGAAAACAUUGUUAAGAGCAACAGCAGUAUCUGAUGAGUACAGCAGCUGUAGCAAGACCAGGCGACAGAGCAGUGCCUGAGAACAGCAGCAGCAUCACAGGAAGAAGCUGCACAUCCAUAAGUACUCUACAGCAGCAGCAGUUGUGGUCAGAGCCAAAGAUGAGUCAACACCACCACAAUGGCCACAGGAAACAAUACAACAAGAAAGUCAGGAUUAACAGGGCGAGGAAGAGGCAGAGUUUGGUGACGACUUCUGCUGUGUUGCGGCUGUUUAUUGUGAUGGCUGCUACGGUGUCUCUUGUUCACACCCUGCCUCUCCCGGCCCCUGCUGACUCCCUGCCUCUCCCGGCACCUGAUGACUCCCUGCCUCUCCCGGCCCCUGCUGAUACUCUGCCUCUCCAGGCCCCUACUGACACCCUGCCUCUCCCGGCCCCUGCUGACUCCCUGCCUCUCCCGGUACCUGCUGACACCCUGCCUCUCCAGGCCCCUGCUGAUACUCUGCCUCUCCCGGCACCUGCUGACUCCCUGCCUCUCCAGGCCCCUGCUGACAUCGGGCUUGUUAAUAUCGUGCCUGAUGGCAUGGUGACUGUUGACAUAGGGUUAGUUGACAUGAUUCCUACUAACACUCUGCCUGUUGGCACGGUGCUUGCUGAUAUCCUACCGGUUGAAACGUUAUCUGCUGGCACCCUGCCUGCUGACAUGGUACCUGCUGAUACAGCAUCUGGUGACUCAUCGCCUGAUCCAUCAUCUGGUGACUCAUCACCUGCUGAUCCAUCAUCUGCUGACCCAUCACCUGCUGACCUGACAACUGCCUACCUGUUUCCAUCUACUCUGUCCUCAACUUAUCCAACUCGUCAAGGUAUGUGUUAUCAUGUUAUGAACAAGGCUGUUCUUCAUAAUUUAAAAUAACAAAAGUUCAUUAACGUAGGUGAAAUUGCACACCAGAUGAGAACAGAUUACUUACAAAAGCACAUGUGGCAUGUUAAGUAUGCAAAUGAAGGUUUAUGCUUAAUUAAGUAAACAGUCAGCAUAUGUAAAGUAACCAGUAGGCAUGUAAUGUGUUAAGUUUACAUGGGGAAUUGAAUGUAUUAGUUAAUUCUUAUUUGUGCUGGCAGCAUUUUGAAAUGUUAAUACCUAAUUUGGAAUAACAUACAAAUCCUGUUAUAUGUAUAUGUAAUUACGUAUCAAGAAACUAGGCUAAUGUCUUGAUAUGCAUCAUGCAUUAGGUUGUAGUUUUUUCUUGUGAUUCACAGACACUAGUGUAAUAGAUCAUAAGCAGUUUGUAAGCAUAGUUACCAUACCUUAAGAGUUAUAAAGUAAUUGAACAGAGGUGCCCUAUGUCCAUAUAGCUUAAAUUUAAUGGUCGACAGAGUUGUCAUGAAAUUUUAUACACGAGCUGAAGGUGCAAUUCUGCUACAUUUCCAGCUGUGGUUUAAAGGGACGGAUGUAUACCACUGAUUUAAGAAAUAUUAUACUUUGUAACGGGUUUUUCGUGGGUGGCAAUAUACUACAUA